UUUACAGUUUCUUCAGUGCAGCCAAAGUGAAACACACAGAAAGCUACGGAGCUCACGAGGUAGCAUUAGCUCCUCUUAGAAGGUAGUUUGAAAACAGGUUUGGUGUUUUCGGUAAAUAUUUCCGUGUUUUCAGUGAAAAUGUCUUCAGUUCCGCCUCAGAGAGAGUUUAUCAACGAGCAGGUAACUCCUGCUGGAGAAACAUUCACAGAGUUUAAAGAAAUCAACGUUAAGAUGGAGGAAGAGAUGGAGGAUCAGCGCAGACUGAUGGAUUUUACCCGGAUACCGAGGAUCAUCUUACACCGGAUAGAUCUCCCACAAUGUUGUGUGUGUAAAGAGGAGGAGGUUCUCAAUGAAACAGAAUCACAGAGGAACCAACUCAUCUCUCAUGGCUCUGCAGAAACUGAGAACCAGAAUCAGGAAGGAAUCAAUUCUGAAGACCCAGGAAAAAAGAGAAAGGAAAAACAAAAACAAAAGGAGAAAUAUGAGAAAACCAAAGAGCAGAAAGGCAGAACUGACACUUCAAAACAAGAAAAGCACAAGAAAGCUCACGCAGGGCAAAAAUUAUAUUCUUGUAAAAUUUGUGAUAAAACCUUUUCUCGAAACGAUAUCUUGCUAAGACACAGAAGAAUUCACAAAGAUGAGCGGCCUUUUUCUUGUGGGACUUGUGGAAAGAGUUACAGUAAAAGAGGGACUUUAACUCAUCAUAUGAGAAGUCACACAGGUGAGAAGCCUUUCUGCUGUGGAUUCUGUGGAAAGAGUUUCUCUCAGAAAGAACAACUAAAUGCUCAUAUGAAAGUACACACAGGUGAGAAGCCUUUCUCUUGUGGGACUUGUGGAAAACGUUUCUCUCAAAAAGGUGGUUUAAAUGUUCACAUGAGAUUUCACACGGGUGAGAAGCCUUUCUCUUGUGGGACUUGUGGAAAACGUUUCUCUCAAAAAGGUGGUUUAAAUGUUCACAUGAGAUUUCACACGGGUGAGAAGCCUUUCUCUUGUGGGACUUGUGGAAAACGUUUCUCUCAAAAAGGUUAUUUAAAUGUUCACAUGAGAAUU